AUGCCCACUCCCAACCCGCAUCCGCUCCACCAGUCGCUCGUCAGACCCUCAUCCCCCGGCGCUUCCAGCCUCUCCUCCGAGUCCGCAGCUCGCAGAAUCGCCGCCAAUGCCGUCGAGGCUCCCACCUGUCCCAUCGCCUGGGGAACCUGGCUUCGCAAGUAUCAGCUCGGCUCGUGGUGCGAAAAGGUAGCCCCACAACAAUCGUCCGCAACAUCGUCCGCAACAUCAUCCGCAUGUGCCCCAAAUGGAACCACAACCUACCAUUCCCCAAAUCCAACAACCACCCAUACCCCGGAUCUCCAUCUGCCCGAGCCUGCCUCCUCGUCUUACGCCACUACCCCUCCUCCACCUACCCAGCAUGCGCGCACCACCUCGGCCAAGCUGUGUCAGCCCUUUGAAUCCUCCAAGGCGCAUCGCUACGUCAAGCUCGACUCCGAGCAAAAGAUCGAGUCCAUGCAGUUCUACAAGAAGAACGGAUGGCUCGCCGCCCCUCCCUUGCCCCGCAGGCAGCAUCGUCGCGUCGCAGAGGCGCUCCGUCGCCACGCACUCACCGGCGCACAGGACCGCGACGCUCUCAACCUCUACGUACAGCACGCAAAGGCCGUAUUCAAGUGCGACUACGCCUCCUUCAUGGUCGAGAGCCCAGACGAGACCUACAUGCUCAUCCUCGCACAGGACGGCGGAAACCCACAAGUCCAGAUCGUCCCACGCACCGUCACCUUGUGCUCGCACGCCAUGCUCCUCUCCGACGACGAGGUGCUCGUCAUCGCCAACACCCAAAACGACUGGCGAUUCCGCGCAUGUCCCUCCACCCUCGCAGGCACCGUCACAAACGCAAAAGGAAACCCAAUGAGCUUUUACGCUUCGGCACCCCUCUUCCUCUCCUACUCCCUCUACGGCAUCGAGGGCAGAGUCCAGGUCGGCCGUCUCUGCAUCAUGGACCAGCAGCCCCGCGAAAACUUUGACGAAAAGGACGCCGAGCUCCUCUACUCGAUCGGCAAGAUGGCCGGCGACGCCCUCGAAAAGGAGUACCAGAGCGCACGCAACGCCAAAGCCGCAGAGAUGCAGCAGCGCACCAGCAGCCUCAUCCGUUCGCUCGAAGAUGCUUCGCUCACCCACCACCACCGCCAUCUCAACGCCUCCACCAACUCGAUCAGCAACGACUCCGAACACGGCGGCUACGCACGCUACUCGCUCGUCGUCAUCGAUCGCGCAUGCCACGAGCUCCAGCAGUGCCUCGGUGCCGCCGCCGUCGCCGCCUUUGACAUCAACAACUUCCGCUUCCGUCGUGCACCCCAACAAAGUGUCUCGCCUCGCAACUCGACCGCCUUUGCCGCCGCCACUGUGCCCUUGUGGCAUCAUUUCGACGACAAGGACCUCACAGAGCCCGUCACCCCGCCCGCCGAUUCCGUCUCCACGCCCACCCUCAUCGACCCCGACUCGCCCAUGAUCUCGCCACGCAUGAGCCGCAACCUCUCCUCCUCCGCAGACCCAGUCGGUGUGCUCCAGGCCAUCGAUCUCCGCGAGGGCUCGCCUCCACCGAGUCUGUUGAGCUUCAGCGGGCCCGACGACUACCGUCCCAACCUGCCCGACGACAUCGACCAGCUCAAGGCCGUCUUCGCCUCGCCUCUCGCACGCAUGGCUGCAGAGACCAAGAUGAACCUGCGCUGCAAGUUCUACCGCAGGCCUGUCGACGGCUCCUCUUCCAGUGACGACGGAGAGGACGACGACACGCUCGCAUCCGGCGCAGACGACAACGACAAGGAUCCGUGGCAGGAUCUGCUUCCAACCCACUCGCACGUCAGCUCCUAUGCCGUCGUCGCGUGCUACAACCGCGCCAAGUUGCGUCCGGGCAUCAUGUUCCUCAUCAUGUUUGCCGAUCACGUGUGCUUUGAUCAGCAGGAACGCUUCUUUGUCGAGAGCACCAUGCAGAUCGCGCUUGGCAGCUUGCUCAGGCAGAAGCUGUCCGAAGUCGACUUUUUCCAGGCCGAGUUCCUGCGCCACGUCCAGCAUAAUUUGCGCACACCGCUUCAUGGCGCCCUCGGUGCCGUCGAGUACCUGCGUGCGGCCAUCAGCAACGAUCCCGACGACGAUGCGGUCAAGAUCGACCUCUCGGCGGACGGCGUGCUGGCUACGCUGCUCGAGUCCAUCUCGCUCUCGGGUCUCACGCUCAACUCGUACAUCGACGAUCUGCUCAGCUUCCAGAAUCUCUCGGGCAUCAAGGGCGGUCUCGCCCCGGCCGUCAAGCGUACGUCGACCGAUAUUGUCAAGGUGAUCGAGGCUGUUGCCGACGAGGAGUGGGAGUUUGCACAGCGACUCGACCACCAGUCGCGCAAGCUCGACGAAGACGACCUGCACCCCGAUGCGGUCGCCUCGAAUGCGGUUGAGCUUAUCAUCAAGGCGACGCCGGAAGUGCGCGAGUGCGACUGGAUUGUGGACGUCAAGUCGCUCCAGGACGUGGUGCGCAAGGUGGUCUCGAACGCCGUGCGCUUCACGCAGAAGGGCUAUGUGGAGGUGUCCAUCCGUCUGGCCGAGCAGGGCGCGUUGGACGAGGUGGAGACCGAGGUGGCGGAUGGAUACGCGGUGAUCGAGAUCGAGGUCGCCGAUACGGGCGUGGGCAUGACCAAGGACUUUUGCCAGACGCAGCUCACGCGGCCGUUUACCAAGGGCGACUCGUUCCGCGACGGCAUUGGUCUCGGCAUGACGAUUGUGUCGUCGACAUUACAGAAGUUUGGCGGGAAACUGUCGGUUGCGUCGGAGGUCAAUGUGGGCACGCGCGUCACUAUGUGUGUGCCGCUACAGCGCUCACCGAGUCAUGGUCGAAGCGGGUCUACGUCGACCAAUGUGCCAACGCGAUUUGCCGCGUCCAAGCUGGCGUAUUAUGGGCUGGAUACGCGCGGAUUGCGGAGGCUGGCCAACUCGAUCUGCGAGUACUUUAUGCCCAUGGGAGGGAUCGAGCUGACGCGCAACUUUGCCGAGGCCGAUUGCGUUGUGCUGCCCAUGCGGGCUGUGGGCAAACUGGCCGAGGGCGAGCCGUCGUUGUUGUCGCAGGUGAAGCCGGAUGCGCGGUUUGUGGUGAUCACGUCGUCGCAUACGGUGCACGAUAAGGAUGUCGAGAUGCUCGAUGGGCGUGCGAUGCUGCCGCUGCCCAUGCCGCAUGGGCCCAGUGCGUUGCGGUUGAUGGAGACGUUUUUGACCGAGGAGGUGCCCAUGCACAUUCACAUUGCCGACGCGCGCAAUGGCCUUCAUCGAGGCAGCGUCUCCGAGCAGGGGUCGGUCAAUGGGCUGCGCAAGGUGUCGGGCCACCGCACGAGUGGCUCUGAUGCCAGCCGCAAGGCGAACGAGGCACAGGUGUCGUCAUCUGUCGAGGAUACCGACGCCAAGUCGCUGCCCAAGAUCAUCACCAACACGACAUUGCGCGAUGACGAGUUCCGGGUGCUGGUGGUCGAAGACAAUCCGAUCAACAUGCGGCUGCUUACGACGCUGUGCAAGCGACUGGACAUCCGCUACGAGGAGGCGCACGACGGCGCCGAGGCCGUAACGAAGUUCAUCUCGUUCCGGCCCUCGGUUGUGCUGCUGGACAUCUCGCUGCCGAUUCAGGAUGGGUUCGAAGCGUGUGCGCAGAUGCGCACGCACGACGUGCCCUCGUAUAUCGUCGCCGUCACCGCGCUCAGUUCGGAGGAGGAUAAGACGCGCGGUAUCGAGAGCUGCGGAAUGGACGCCUGGAUGACCAAGCCCGUGUCGCCACGACAGCUCAAGAACGAUUUGGAGAAGUGGAAGGUCCGCUUCGAACAGAGUUGGGCCACCAACCAGGCCGAAAACACCCUUCGUUACUCCUAA